UGCGUCUGAAGGGCCAGGAAGUGGCAUAUCAGUGAACGGGUCAGACAGUCGGAGACGCCUCGCGUCAAAACACCUCUGAAAAACUCGGAUAUAACUGGAUUUUUCUAGAAAAUCUAACACAACAAAACAAAAAAUGCUCGCGUUUGCCAUUUUGGUCCUUUUGGGGACAGCUCUGGCAGUCAGCGGCGAGCGGCACAAGCUGUCCUACAUCUACACAGCCUUAUCCAAACCCGCAGUAUCCCCUGGCAUCCAUAAGUUCACUGCCAUGGGCAUGCUUGACAAUAAGAUCAUUGACUACUUUGACAGCACACAGCAAAUGAAAGUUCCCAGAACGCCCUGGAUGAAAGAGAGACUGGAAAAAGAAUAUUGGGACAAAGGCACAGUGUCCCGGAAGAGCAAGCAGCUUUGGUUCCAGGUCAACAUUGAAAUCCUGGUGGAGCGAAUGAGACAGAAUGAGACAGAUUUGCACAUCCUCCAGUGGAUGCAUGGCUGUGAGGCUGAACGGGGUGAAGGUGGUCUCAAGUUUGUCGAUGGCGUGGACAUGUACAAUUAUGAUGGAGAUGACUUCCUGUCGUUUGAUAAUAAAAACCAAAUCUGGGUUGCCAAGACUGAUGCAGCAUUGUCCACCAAGAGGAAGUGGGACGAUGUCCCAGUCCUGAAAGAAUACACCAAGGGCUACCUGGAGAAGGAGUGCUUGGACUGGAUGGGCAGGUUCAUAGAGUACGGGCAGGCGCAGCUAUUUGAAGCCAAGGCACCUAAGGUGCACGUGUUUGCACUCAAGGCCAAAUCUGAGGCGAGUAUAAUUUUGACAUGCCUGGCCACCGGCUUUUACCCAGAGGACAUUAUCCUGCAGAUCAGAAGGAACGGCCGGUCCCUCACUGAACGCGACGGGCUGGUCAGCUCUGGAGUUCGACCAAACGGGGACGAGACCUUUCAGAGGAGAGACUAUGUCGAGAUUUUGAUGUCCGACCAGUCCGAUUACACCUGUGAAGUCAUUCACGAGGCCUCUCGUUGGAAUCUUGUGAAGAAAUGGGAUCACAAGCCUCCUGCUGAAGAUGGAAGUGGUGUCAUUAUCGGUGGAGUUGUGGCUGGUGGUCUUGUGUUGAUCGCAAUCGGGGGGAUUGUGCUCUUGUGUCUCUUGUAUAAAAAAGGGAUUAUCGGUCAGCGUUCUCCUUCUGUUCCCAGUAUCUCUAGCUCCCUUGACAGUGACGACAGCAAGAAGCCUCUCAAAAUUGACAUUGAUGCCAAACCCCCAAGUGAAAAUGGGUCGACAACUCCCCUCUUGAAACGCAAGGAUGGCUCCACCGGCAGUGACUCAGCUAUCAGUACUGAUGCCAGCAGCAACUCAAACGCGUCUUUAAGGUCAAGUGAAGAAGGGGACGUCAACCAGGAAAGAGCCUCUGGGCCCGUGUAAUCUUACCUGCAGCCAAAAAUCUGAAGCCUCCAAACACAAAAAAACAAUUUUCAACUGAAUAGUAGUUAACGUGGUUUUGUAGAAAUUCUUAGACUGGAUGAAAGCAAAAUUCAGUGUUACCAUGGUAAUUUAACCACGUAGCUCUAUGCGUAAAUUACAGGAUUUGUCACCUGUCAGAUCGUGUCGUGUUGUGAUCAGAUAUUUCCAAUUCCAUAUUCAGAGUUUAUGUUAUUAAAGGGUGACUGUUUUUAACAAAACGCAAACACUUUACUGGUCAAGUUAUUGUGAAACAAAGACUAAUCUGGCAUGACUAUUUGAAAAUGUAAAGAAGUCCCAGAAAAAAAAAGAUUGCCAAAAAAUAAGGGGAUGAGGUAAACUUUAAAAAUGCCCCUGCCAGUUUCUUAGGCCACUUUACUGCAAGUUGAGUACUUUGGGUAAAUAACCAAGCUAAAGACUCAGCUCUUUGAGCAGCACUUCUGCAUCUAGUAAACUUCUCUGCUCAUCAGAAUUAGUUAGAAGAUUCGUCCAGCUCUUUGCAUGAUUCAGCCCUGAGUAGCUGCAUGCACUUAUGACAAGAUGAUCGUAUGAUGGUGUCUUUUAAGACGUAGCUUUCUUGUAUAAAGGUGAUUGUUGUGUUGGGUGGGAAGGGAACACUGCUAAAUUACAUUAUUAGUAGUAAUAAAGCAGUUGCUAAGCUGCUCUUCCAGAAGCCGCUGUAUCAAAGCGUGGUUGUCUGUGAAGACACAACUGUGUGUGUAGCCAGCAUAUGCCAACAUAUCUGAAUUUCUCUAAAACACUGGUAAAAGCUGAAUUAUCAAUCUAUUUUUUUUUAACUACGACUUGUGCUUUACAUCAUGCUCUUAAUGCUCUUAAUUCAUGUAAAACCUACCCAUAAUGUAUAGUAAUAAAAAGUAGGGAUUAAAAAAAGAAGUAUCGUAUGUGCUUCUGUAUAAAUUCAGUGAUUAAAUUAUAAUUAUCCCAUUGAGUGCAUAGAAUUACGAUGAUUAUAUCUCCUUUAGGUUUUACCAAACUUGGUAUAAACCAUGAAUAUAUAUGCAGACAAGAAUAAAAAUAAAAAAGAUAAUUAAUGCUAAAAACUCUCAAAGUUUAUUGUCAUAAUCUGACCAGGGAGUUAAAAUGUAAUGGAGUUUAAAGAAGUUAUUAUCUAUCAUAUAAAUAGCGUUCUUUGUGAAAAGUUGUUUUCUUGGUUUUAAUUCUCUUUUAUUUUUGGGUUUUUAUUUUUCAAGUCACAUUAGUCUAUUGCACUUUUUCACAAAGAACCUUAAAAGUCAUGUCACUUUUUUGAGUCUUUGUAAAUUGUCGAAACUUUUUGCUUUGUUGAAUUAAACAAAUUUGUAUAUUGGAUGUGAGACAGUUGAGAGACGUAUUAAAUAUCUGCAGCUUCUGUCUAAAAAUAACAGGAACUCCUGUCAUUGUGAACCUUAAGUUAUCUGCUUUUAAAUCCUGAAGCUAAAAGGUGCGUGAUGCUGAUAUUCUCUCUGUCUUUAAGAGGCUAAUUACAUUUUGUCACUGUGGUAUUUUUUUAGUACACUUGUUAAUACUGCUUGUAAGUAAAAUAAUUGAUUGUAAGAAUAAUGAAGUAAAAGUAAAUGUACCAUACAAAUGUGAUUUGUUUUCUUUCUGAAUAAAAACAUUUGCACAAGG